AUGAAGUUGACGCGUCCCUGGCGCUUCAGACUCCUGAGGGACAAGCUUACGGCCGAGAACUUGGGGAGGGAGGCGAAGAACAGGAUCUGGUGUGAUGUGGAGGCCCCCAUCGAGGUUCGGGUCUACACCGGCUUCUUGAGGAACCUUCGCAAUCAGCUGGUCGAGUGGAAGUACUCCCAGAAGAGCGUCAAGAUUGACCGUGACGCCGGCGCGCUCAAGGUCCAGGGGGAGGAGGUGGUCCAGGUGAAGGUCAUCAACUACGAGUUCAUCAUCACUUGGAUGAAGGAGGAGUGGAAGACUUGGGACGAGCUUCAGAAAUCUCGUGAAUUGGAGCUUCUUGUCCGCACUUCCAAGGAGAGAAGCUUCGUUCCGGGACUUAGGGAGUUCAGGCCCGAGCCUUCAGGUAAGCCGGUUUUGAAAGACAGCGUUGUCUGCGGCUUCUGGAACGUCAAGGGGCUCACGGACCUGACGCUCAUCGGGCUAAUGGGGCACAUGCACGAGUACCACAUCUACGUAUUAU